AUGCGAAGAAAGUUAGUUGCAUGAUCCGAAGAUAUCAGAAUAAGAAAGAAGUUGGUUACCUUAUAUUUUGUCACCGUAUAAAGAAGACUGAUAUUUGCGUGUGCACUCACCUUCAUAUUUUUCUUGUACUGAAUUGAAGGCCUCACUCUUUGGAUUCACUCAUUCUUCCACUUCAUGGCUUCGCAAACUCACCACCCACACUUCCUUCUUCUUCCCUUAAUGUCCCAAAGCCAUCUCAUUCCCUUCACACAGAUGGCCAAAUUACUCGCCACCAAUGGAGUUUCUGUCACCAUUGUUCUCACACCCCUUAACGCAACCAGGUUCAACAUGGUCAUUGACCAAGCAAAAGCUUUAAACCUCAAAAUCCAGUUCCACUUGCUACCCUUUCCUUCCGCAGAAGCAGGUUUACCAGAAGGGUGUGAAAACAUGGACACACUUCCUUCCCUUCAGUACAACCACUUGUUCUUCGCUGCUUCCAAUAUGCUGAAAGAACCACUUGAAAAAUGGCUCUCAGAGUUGGAAACACUACCCACAUGCAUCGUUUCCGACAUAUGUUUACCUUGGACAACAAACGUUGCAUCCAAGUUCAACAUACCGAGGGUUGUCUUCCACGGAAUCUCGUGCUUCUCCCUCUUGUGCUCACACAACAUUAGCCAUUCCGAGGUGCAUGAAAACGUCGGCACCUCAAUGUCUAAGCCAUUCGUGGUGCCUGACUUGCCUCACACAAUUGAACUCACCAAGGCACAGUUGCCUGAGGCAAUGAAUCAGAACACAAAGGCUUGGAAACACGCCAUUGAUCAAUUCAAAGCCGCUGAACUUUCCGCUGAAGGGAUAUUGGUGAACACUUUCGAGGAGUUGGAGAGCAUGUACGUGAGAGGGUACGAGAAAGUGGUAAGAAAAAUUUGGUGCAUAGGACCACUUUCUUUGCAUGACAAGUUAAUCUUAGACAGGUUUGGGAGAGAAGAUAAUCAUAAUAAGACCUCAACGGAUGAAACUGAAUUAUGUUUAAAUUUUCUUUCUUCCAAAAAGCCUUGUUCUGUGGUUUAUGCCUGUUUUGGAAGCUUGUCUCGGAUUAGGGCUUCACAGCUGAAGGAGCUUGCUUUGGGGUUGGAAGCAUCAAGCCAUCCAUUUAUUUGGGUGAUUGGGAAAAAUGAUUGUUGCGAAGAGAUAGAGAAAUGGUUAGAAGAAGAGAGUUUUGAAGAGAGGAAUAGAGGAAGGGGUAUCAUAGUUAGAGGAUGGGCACCACAGGUUGAGAUAUUAUCACAUCCUUCAACUGGUGGGUUCUUAUCACAUUGUGGUUGGAACUCCGCACUGGAAGCGGUUUCUGCAGGGGUCCCUAUGAUUGCUUGGCCAAUGAUUGCGGAGCAGUUCUUGAAUGAGAAGCUCAUUGUGGAAGUGCUGAAGAUUGGUGUGGGGAUUGGAGUUGAAGCUGGGGAAGUGUUGGUGAAGAAUGAGGAUGUGAAGAAGGCUAUUGAGCAGGUCAUGGAGCAAGGUGGGGAUGGGGAACACAGAAGGAACAGAGCUAGAGAGAUGAAAGAAAAGGCUCAUAAGGCUGUUCAAGAUGGUGGAUCAUCAGCUUCAAAUUGCAAAUUAUUUCUCCAAGAUAUUUUGGGGAUGUUACAUAAUUCAUAGCAAUGUAGUCAUAGCUCCAGCGGUUAAGUUUAUCAUCUUUAUUUUUUAUCAGAAAAUAAAUCUGUUUGGUUUAUUUGUUGAAUAAAUUAGUCAUAGACCCAUUAGGUUUAUUUAAUACUGCUUUCCUCCUGAGUAUAAGAAGUUUUAAUAAA